AUGGCUGUCUCCUUGCCACCCACCUUGGGAUUCAGUUCUGCUCCUGAUGAAAUUCAACAUCCACAUAUUAAAUUCGCAGAGUGGAAAUUUAAGCUAUUCAGGGUGAGAUCUUUUGAAAAGGCACCAGAGGAAGCCCAAAAGGAAAAGAAGGAGGCAUCUGAGGGGAACCCUACCUUAGAGCAAUCACCAUCAGUCCCGGAAAAGGCUGGAGUUCAGAAUGCAGUCCUGGUUCAACCAGCAUUGCAGGGCCAACCUAAGUUUUCAAAGAAAGCCCACGAUGAUAAGAAAACAAGAGCCAAAGCCAUCCACCAAGCCAACCUCCGACACUUCUGCCGCAUCUGCGGGAAUUCUUUUCAAACUGAUAAACACAGGAGGAGAUACCCUGUCCAUGGGCCGGUGGAUGCGAAAACCCAAAGCCUUUUACGGAAGAAGGAAAAGAGAGCCACUUCCUGGCCUGACCUCAUCGCCAGGGUUUUCCGGAUUGAUGUGAAAGCAGAUGUCGACUCGAUCCACCCCACUGAAUUCUGCCACAAUUGCUGGAGCAUUAUGCACCGCAGAUUUAGCAGUGCUCCUCGUGAGGUUUACUUCCCCAGGAACACAACCAUGGAGUGGCAUCCCCAUUCACCAUCCUGUGAUAUCUGCCACUCUACCCGGCAGGGGCUCAGGAGGAGGAGACAUCACACCCAUGGGCAGCUCAGCAAAAGAAUCAAAAUGAUGCUUGAUCGAGCCAGACAAGUCCGGCAGCGCAAGAGAAGAGCUCGGGCAAAGGUCAGCAGCAAGGCAAUCAUGAAGCAGAUUGCCAGCUGCAGUAAGAUACAUCUCAGUACCAAGCUCCUGGCGGUGGACUUCCCCGCCUACUUCCUGAAAUCCAUCUCCUGCCAGAUUUGUGAACACAUUCUGGCGGACCCGGUGGAAACCAGCUGCAAGCACGUCUUUUGCAGGGUCUGUAUCUUCAGAUGUCUCAAAGUCAUGGGGAGCUAUUGCCCCUCGUGUCGCUAUCCCUGUUUCCCUACGGACUUGGAGAGUCCAGGGAAAUCCUUUCUGAGCAUCCUGAACUCUCUCCUAGUCAAAUGCCCCGCCAAAGAGUGCAACGAGGAGGUCAGCUUGGAAAAAUACAACCACCACGUCUCAAGCCACAAGGAGUCGAAAGAGACGUUGGUGCACAUCAAUAAAGGGGGGCGACCCCGGCAGCAUCUCCUGUCCCUGACCCGCAGGGCUCAAAAGCACCGACUGAGGGAGCUCAAGCUGCAAGUGAAGGCGUUUGCCGACAAAGAGGAAGGUGGAGACGUAAAAUCCGUGUGCCUGACCUUGUUCUUGCUGGUGCUGAGGGCGAGAAACGAACACAGACAAGCCGACGAGCUGGAAGCCAUCAUGCAAGGCCGGGGCUCGGGCCUGCAGCCGGCCGUUUGCUUGGCUAUCCGGGUCAACACCUUCCUCAGCUGCAGUCAGUACCACAAGAUGUACAGGACUGUGAAAGCCAUCACGGGCAGGCAGAUUUUCCAGCCGCUCCACGCCCUGCGCAAUGCCGAGAAGGUCCUCCUGCCGGGCCACCACCCUUUCGAGUGGCAGCCACCUCUGAAGCAGGUGUCAUCCCGCACCGACGUUGGCAUCAUCGACGGUCUGUCGGGGCUGUCCACCUCGGUGGAUGAUUACCCGGUGGACACCAUUGCCAAGCGGUUCCGCUACGACGCGGCCUUGGUGUCGGCCCUGAUGGACAUGGAAGAAGAGAUCUUGGAAGGCCUGCGAUCCCAGGAUCUCGAGGACUACCUGAGCGGGCCGUUCACCGUGGUGGUGAAGGAGUCUUGCGACGGCAUGGGGGACGUGAGUGAGAAGCAUGGGUCGGGACCAGCCGUCCCGGAAAAGGCCGUUCGCUUCUCCUUCACCAUCAUGAGGAUCAGCGUGGCCCAGGGCGCACGCACGGCGAAGGUGUUCGAGGAAGCCAAGCCCAACUCGGAGCUGUGCUGCAAGCCCCUGUGCCUGAUGCUGGCGGAUGAGUCUGACCACGAGACCCUGACGGCCAUCCUCAGCCCUCUCAUCGCCGAGAGGGAGGCCAUGAAGAGCAGCGAGUUGAGGCUGGACAUGGGAGGGAUCCUCCGGACUUUCAGGUUUAUCUUCAGGGGCACCGGGUACGAUGAGAAACUGGUCCGGGAAGUGGAAGGCCUGGAGGCUUCGGGCUCCGUCUACAUCUGUACCCUGUGUGAUGCCACCCGCCUGGAGGCCUCCCAGAAUCUCGUUUUGCAUUCGAUCACCAGGAGCCACGCGGAGAACUUGGAGCGCUACGAGGUCUGGCGUUCCAACCCCUACCACGAAUCGGUGGAAGAGCUGCGGGAUCGUGUGAAAGGCGUCUCCGCCAAGCCUUUCAUCGAGACCGUCCCUUCCAUCGACGCCCUCCACUGUGACAUUGGCAACGCCGGGGAGUUCUACAAGAUCUUCCAGCUGGAGAUCGGAGAGGUGUAUAAACACCCCGGGGCUUCCAAAGAGGAAAGGAAACGCUGGCAGGCCACGCUGGACAAGCAUCUGCGGAAGAAGAUGAACCUCAAGCCCAUCAUGAGGAUGAAUGGCAACUUUGCCAGGAGGCUCAUGACCAAAGAGACGGUGGAGGCGGUCUGCGAAUUAAUCCCCUCCCAGGAGAGGCACGAAGCUCUCAGGGAGCUCAUGGACCUUUACCUGAAAAUGAAGCCCGUGUGGCGCUCCUCAUGCCCAGCUAAAGAGUGCCCAGAGGCCCUCUGCCAGUAUAGUUUCAACUCGCAGCGCUUUGCCGAGCUGCUGUCUACCAAGUUCAAGUACAGGUAUGAGGGCAAAAUCACCAAUUACUUUCACAAGACCUUGGCACACGUCCCUGAAAUUAUUGAGAGGGAUGGCUCUAUUGGGGCUUGGGCUAGUGAAGGAAACGAAUCUGGGAACAAACUGUUCAGACGUUUCCGGAAAAUGAACGCCAGGCAGUCCAAGUGUUAUGAAAUGGAAGAUGUUUUGAAGCAUCACUGGCUGUAUACAUCCAAAUAUCUCCAGAAGUUUAUGAAUGCUCACAAAGCAUUAAAAGAUUGUGGGUUUACCAUAGAUUCUAAGGUAACCGUCGGGGACACAUCGACCCCGGAAGACUAUCUGGAAAGCCAAGAUUCAAUGGAGUUUUGA